UGCCCCGCGUUGCCCUGCCCCCGCUGCGGCCCGGCCCACCCCGCGCUGACUGGUCAUGGGCUCUUCCAGGCCAUCGCGUGCUUGAUGGACAUGAACGCGCUGCUGGACCGAUUCCACAACUACAUCCUCCCGCACCUGCGGGGCGAGGACCGCGUCUGCCACUGCAACUGUGGCCGGCACCACAUCCAUUACGUGAUCCCGUACGACGGGGACCAGUCAGUGGUGGACGCCUCCGAGAACUACUUUGUGACGGACAAUGUGACCAAGCAGGAGAUCGACCUUAUGCUGGGGCUGCUGCUGGGCUUCUGCAUCAGCUGGUUCCUGGUGUGGAUGGAUGGUGUCCUGCACUGCGCUGUGCGUGCUUGGAGGGCUGGUCGGCGCUAUGAUGGCUCGUGGACCUGGCUGCCCAAGCUGUACAGCCUGCGGGAGCUGGGCCGGCGGCCACACAGGCCCUUCGAGGAGCCCACAGGGAACAUGGUGCACGUGAAGCAGAAGCUCUACCACAACGGCCACCCCAGCCCACGGCACCUGUGAGUGCACGGGACUAGGGGCCGCUGUACACAUGUAAAAGGACCUCGUGGACACCCAGCCGGCAGGACGGGACUGCGGCCUCAGGCCCAGGGGAUGCUGGGCUGUGGCCAGCUGGGCUGUGGCCAGCGGGCAAGUCCAGUGGAAGGUGCUGUCUCUUCUUUUUAUAAAGGGGGUCGGGUGGGGGCUGGGGUGGGGAUGGCCACCAGGCUUCAGGGACAGCAGCCAGGCCUCCACAGGGGGCAGGACACAAAGGCAGGCUCUGUCCUAGAGGUGCUGGGGCCAGGGGUAGUGGGUCCUCAAUGGGGACAGGCUUGGCCUGGGUCAUGCCGGCCUAAGGCCACAUCUCAUUGAAAGCCGCUGUUUCCUGUGCACCUGUUGUCCGUCUGUCUGACAGUCCAUCGGCAUUGAGGGAAGGGAGGCCGUCAGGACCUGUGCCCAUCUGCACACGGGAGCAUGUGCAUGGGGCGUGUGCGAGUGGAGGGUGGGACUGGGGGGCGGGCCCUCAGCAGCAAUAAGGAUGUGGGGGCCCCAGGUAUCCCAGCCCUCACUGUGAAGCCCACUCUGCCUGGCCAGUAAAUUCUCCAGAAAGC